AGCUAGACAUGUUUGUACUUGCAAGAUGUGUUUUUUUAAUUUUCAUUCACGACAUAACCAUGACAUCUGACGGAGUAUGCUACGAAAAGAGAAAAGUAAAUGGUAAAGAUGUGAUUUCCGAAAAAUGUUGCAAUGACUUCUACAAAAGUUCAGAUGGUACUUGUUCAGAAUGUCCAGAUGGCUCCUUCGGUGAAAACUGUAGAUUUAAAUGUAUCGCUCCUUUUUAUGGAAGACGAUGUGUAAGCUUAUGUGAAUGCAAAAGUUGUCAUUAUAUUUACGGUUGUGGACCAAACAGAGUAUUUACAACAGAAAGUUCCAAUUAUAAAGAUACCACUAAAGAAUGGAAAAACGAAGUCAAUUUAUCAGAAACCACUAAAGAAGAGAAAAAAGAAUUUAUUUUAAUAGAAAUCACGAAAGGAUGGAAUAAAGAAGUUACUUCAACAAACUAUGAAAAAGAUGACAAAGAAUCUGCAGUUACUCUGGACCAGGUUAUAAUAAUAAUAGCAGCAUCAUCAGCAAGUACUGCCGUGUCGAUGAUUAUAGUUUGUAUUUGUGUAUUGAUACUAAGAAGACUGUUGUGUACAAAACACCGUACCGAUCGUGUAAGGACUUUUAAUGCGGUCCCUGCCACUAAUAGUGAAAUAAAUGCACAGCCAUCAACUCUUCAAGAACAACUUGUUAUUGUCAAUACAAAUGACAUUUCUGAUUCUCAAUAUGAAACAAUCGACGAAUCAAACAUGGUAGAAAUCUCAAACAUUACAAUAGGUGAAGAAAGAUCGGCUAUACGCAACACUCACAUCUCUAGUUCAAGCACUGACAGUAAAACAUCUAAUGUCAGUGGAGUUGCAUCUGAGGAUACUGAAGGUUAUCUCCAUCCAUAUAAUACUCUAGAAGAGAAUUGGCAAAAUAAAGGUUAUCAGUACACUUCAUGUAUUGCCAAGGCUAACAAAAAGUAAAAAUCCCUAAACAAAAACUAACGACACAAGAGGAUUCAGCAAAAACAUCACAUUUCGUGCAAUAAAAAUCGCUAUUGCAGACAGAAUUGUCAAAAUACCAAGUCAAUCCAAGUUGGGCUGUUGAAACGGAAAAUGAAAAACUUGAACAGUAACUGUACAUAAAAAUAACACUAAAUCAAAAUGUCUUAUUUUACUCAAUUACUUGCAUUCUCUUUGACUUAAUAAAAGUGCUCUUCAUUCA